GUCGCUCUAGCCCGCGCAGGGGGCGGUGAGAUGUGGCUGCCUUUCUAGGCUGCGGGAGUCUCCAGAGGGCGCCUCACUGGUCGCUAGGUCCGUCAUGGGCAAGGUGCGGAAAGCGCUGGCCGUAGCUGCAAUGCUGGGAGCAGGGGCUGGCGUGGGCUCCGCGCUUUUUGCUCUCGUUACCCCAGGAGAGAAGCAGAAACAAGCCAUGCUAAAGGAGCUGCCGGAGCAGCAUCCGCUGCACAGAGACGAGAAGACCAGGACCCAGCACCUAGUGAUGGCCACAUUGCAGGAGGCCGCGGCUACCCGAGAGAACGUGGCCUGGAGGAAGAACUGGAUGGUCAGCGGCAGCGGGAGGUCAGAGUGAGACCAGCGUUGUCCCGAUGCGCGCCGGGACCUUGGCUCGAGUGCCGGAGUCCGAGGCGAGCCCUCUCCUCCGCGGGCCGGCCGGGGAACCGGGAGCCGGCGCGUGGCACCCCGGACUCUGGGACCAGGAGGCCCGCCGAGUGAGCAUGUUCCCUCAAACCCUGGGCUCGUUGCUUUAACUUGCACUUAGGGGGCCGGACCGAGGCAGAGGGUCGGAUGUGGCGAACCCAAGGAAUCAAUAAAUGCUGUUCGUGCAGAGAGUGACCUUCGCAGUCGGACGCCUACCAAUGCUUAGCUGUGGGGAUCUGCGCUGAGAGCGCGGCUGACCGCGGGAGCUGCCUGCCACGCCCCUCUCCCAGGGAGACCGUGAAGCCCAUUGGGU